AUGCAUGCGAUCAAUGCGAGCAUCUUCCAUAUUCCACCAACUCCCACCCAGAUUGCCGCAUCAUCAUGUACUGUAGCCCCUGAGAUUCCCGCCAAGCGAGCAGCUUAUCUUCACAGCCUCGACGCCAAGAUCGCCAACCCUUGCACUACCCAAAUUUAUCAUGAUAGAAUCGAGUUUCACAUUAGAGUUACCAGGGGGCCCAGCCCUGCAUCGUCCACGUCAAGAGUGCUCAAUGCCAAGCACGGAUGGAUGAUCGCCGCGCAAGGCUACCUGUUUGCGCCGAGUCUCAAUUUUGGAGAGCCCGUCAUCGAGACAUAUUUUGCGGUCGCGGUGUCUGCGACAUGGCCCGAUUCGGUCCGAAAAGGCCGAAUGGAGGAAUCGAUCUCUCUAUCUUCAUGCCCAACUAACCGUGCAACCGACCAGACCGGGCCAGACGAGACCGGACUGGAUGGGACUGGUGUGCGGAUGCCAGGGAAAUUGUGA